AUGCUGGAAGUGUUUGCACUGGUCUCAUCUGCAGGUUGCUGGCAUAAAACGGAUGAUGAGGAGGUCUGUCCUGAGCAGAGUGUAUCUAUUCAAGAAGAAUCACUGGUCAGGGCUUCUACGAGAGCUCCAGCAACCCAGAGGACCCAUCUGUGUAAGCGGUGUGUGUCAGUAUUAAAGUAUAUUCUGCACCUGACUGAGUCACAAGCAGCAGACUUUGAGCAAAAAGGCUUCUUCCGCGAUGCACGUGUGAGAGACUUCUCUUUCAGUGAAAACCCUGCCCAGCAACAGAGCGAAGCCAGUGGAGAGAAGCCCUGGAAAACAGCUGUGGACGGGGCCUCGUUUGUGACCAACUUCAGCUUCUACUUAUCAGGGCUGCCUUCAACCAGUGGGCAGUUUGGGGAAGACUUCCCACCCAUCUCAGACCUUCUCCGGCACCAGGCCCCUCUCAUCACUGAGGAGCCACACAGUGGCAGUGAGAUUUCACAGGAAUAUCUUGGUGGAAAAAGUCUUCAGCAGACUCGUAACUGUGAAAAAUGUGGUAGCCACAACCAUAAAGUUGUUCAGUAUCAGGGUGCCUGCUCUGGAGAAGUGAACUAUGGAAGUAACAAAUGUGGGCAAGAUUUUACAGGAAGCUUUAACCUCAUUCAAUCUGGAAGAAUUCACACUAGAGAAAAGCCCUAUGAGUGUACUGUUUGUGGGAAGUCCUACAAGCAAAGGUCUCACCUCACUGAACACUACCGUGUUCACACUGGAGAAAAGCCCUACGAGUGUACUGAUUGUGGGAAAUCUUUUAGGAACAAUAAUGUGCUCCUUAACCAUAAGAAAGUUCACACUGGAGAAAAGCCAUAUCAGUGUUGUGAUUGUGGAAAGUCCUUCAGGCAAAGGUCUCAACUGACUGUACACCACCGUGUUCACACUGGAGAAAAACCCUAUGAGUGUACUGAUUGUGGAAAAUCUUUUAGGAACAAUAGCAACCUCCUUAACCACAAGAGAGUUCACACUGGAGAAAAGCCAUAUCAGUGUUGUGAUUGUGGAAAAUCCUUCAGGCAAAGCUCUCAACUCACUGAACACCACCGUGUUCACACUGGAGAAAAACCCUAUGAGUGUACUGAUUGUGGAAAAUGUUUUAGCAGCAAUAUUAACCUCCUUAACCAUAAGAGGGUUCACACUGGAGAAAAACCCUAUGCGUGUACUAAUUGUGGGAAAUCUUUUAGGAUCAGUAAUUCUCUCCUUAACCAUAAGAGAGUUCACACGGGAGAAAAACCUUUUGAAUGUAGUGAUUGUGGGAAGUUGUUUAGACUAAAAGGGAACCUCACUAAACACUACAGAGUUCAUACUGGAGAAAAGCCGUAUGAGUGUAGUGAUUGUGGAAAGUCAUUCCAGCAAAGGAAUUCACUUAUUCUGCACCACAGAUUUCACACAGGUGAAAAACCUUAUGAGUGUAGUGAAUGUGGGAAAACAUUUAGGACCAAUAAUCACCACAUUAUCCACAAGAGAGUUCACAGUGAAGCAAAACCCUAUGAGUGUAUUGAUGGUGGGAAGUCUUUUAGCUACAGUAUUAACCUCCUUGACCACAAGAGAGUUCACACUGGAGAAAAACCAUAUGAGUGUACUGAUUGUGGGAAGUCGUUCAGGAAAAGCUGUCACCUCUCUGAACAUAAGAAAAUUCACACUGGCGAGAAACCUUUUGAAUGUAGUGAUUGUGGGAAGUUCUUUAGGCAAAAGUCUACCCUCACUCAACAUCUCAGAGUUCACACGGGAGAAAAGCCAUAUGCAUGUAGUAAAUGUGGGAAAUGUUUUAGCUGCAAACUUAGCCUUGUCAGACAUAGGAGAGUUCACACUGACGAAAAGCCUUAA